AUGCGCGACGAUUCGAGACUGAUAAUUAUCAGUCUCAUCGUUGCUGGAGUUAAACGACCACUUCGAGCAUUGUUGGAUUCGGGUGCAUCCAACAACUUCUUUCGAGCAUCAUGUUUGUCCCUUCUCCCGUCGACAGUUACGGUUCGAGAAGGUCCAGGUGACAUCGUUGUCAAACUUGCUGAUGGACAACCACAGCGUGUCCCGCGUAAAACAGUGGUUUUGCCGUACACGUUCGACGGCUUCCAAAGUAAUGACGAAUUUUUGGUGUACGAGAUAAAUUAUGCAUUCGAUUGCAUCUUGGGGAUACCGUGGCUAUCACGAUAUCAGCCGACGAUAGACUGGCUAUCUCGGUCCGUCAAACGACGAAGCGGUUACGACGUAAGUGAAGUUUUCACUCAUCUGUUGGUAGCGCCAUCCGAUUGGCCUCACGUCAGGGUCGUGAACGAACUCGCCACGACUAGAAGUCAGCACAGAGAGAGCGAUGGCCCUCUGUGUCCGGUAUGUUCAGUCACACUGAUAGAACCACAACACGAGGCGGUCGAACAGAGGUUCCCGCAAACCCAGACAUCGGUCGAGCAGGGGCUCCCGAUUCACAACGAUACGGUCGAACAGUGGUUCCCGCAAACACAGACAUCGGUCGAGCAGGGGCUCCCGAUUCACAACGAGGCGGUCGAACAGGGGUUCCCGCACACACGGACAUCGGUCGAGCAGGGGCUCCCGAUUCACAACGAGGCGGUCGAACAGGGGUUCCCGCACACACGGACUUCGGUCGAGCAGGGGUUCCCAAUUCACAACGAGGCGGUCGAACAGGGGUUCCCGCACACACGGACUUCGGUCGAGCAGGGGUUCCCGAGUUCUAGCGAGGCGGUCGAGCAGGGGCUCCCGCAUACACACACAACGGCCGAGCAGAGGCUCCCGAUUGUAACCGAGGUGGUCGAGCAGAGGCUCCCACAUACAUCUGAGGCGGUCGACGACGAGCUCCCGCCUCUUAUCGACGAGAAUGAACGGGCUGUGGACUUAAAUGUGAACGACGUGGUGGAGACAGAGCUCCCACGUCUAGCGGGGGGUACUUCAUCCUCCAGCGACAGCGACGUUCCAGCCUCGAGCAGUGGCUCAAGACGCAAGAGAAAGCAUAAACGCAAGAAAGGUGCACGCCGAUCACCAAGACGACGAAAUUCUCGCUCAAGCGCCGUUGACGAUGAUACUGUAUUGACGGAAUCCGUUUGUGCGCUUGAAUAUGUGGAAGGGUCUUCACAUCGUGGCCGCUACGUUGAGGUAGCGAGCUCUUCGUGCACUGUUGCAGAGAUCACAUCUCUAUUAACCCUACCAUGGAAAGAUUUUCUUCACGACCUCAAGGCCGGCGACAUCGAGCAAGUGUGCAUCAUAUCAGCCGCCGAAGCAGCUAGUGGAGAAGUUCUGGAGGCUCGCCCAAAGAGCGCUGAGCCCAAAUCAGCGCGCGAAGAACGUUUCGUGGCACAGUCUUGGGAAGCCUUUCGUGCUUCGGGCAACCCUGUCUAUGAUAUCGCGCGUGAGUAUGCCGACAUCUUUCCGGAGAAUAUCCCCGCUGAGCUUCCAGCGGAUCGUGGUGUGCGACACGAGAUCGAUCUCGUGCCGUGA